AGGCGCAGACAAUUUUCGUCCCGCCGAGAGAAGAUAGUAUAGCUAUCUGCUAGAGACGCUGGAACAUCGAUUCGAGUUAACGCGCCAUUCAUCAGUAAUCAGUUACGAGCUUCAACUUUCAACUGAUCGGCGACGCAGGGAGUUAUGGAAGCUAAUUUGUCUUCGUUUAAGAUAAUUUUGGGAUCAUCUUCAGAGGCGCGUAGAAAAGUAUUAUCUGAGAUGGGCUAUGAAUUCACCAUUAUGUCUGCAGAUAUUGACGAGAAAGCCAUUCGCAAAGAAAAGCCGGAAGAAUUGGUCGUGGCUCUUGCAGAAGCAAAGGCAGAAGCCAUCUUAGGAAGACUCUCCAUCGAUGAUUUUAAGGACGCAGAGCCCACUCUAUUGAUUACUUCUGAUCAAGUGGUGAUCUAUGAAGGUGUCGUCAGAGAAAAACCUGCCAGCAAGGAGGAAGCACGACAAUUUAUGAAAGAUUAUUCAGGAGGGCAUGCAGCGACACUCGGAUCCGUACUUGUGACAAACCUUAAAACAGGAUUUAGGAAAGGAGAAUGGGAUCGGGUGGAGAUCUAUUUCCAUGAAAUACCUGAUGAAGUCAUCGACAAGCUGAUCGAGGAGGGGGAUGUGCUGUAUGUUGCCGGUGGGCUGUUAAUCGAGAAUCCUUUGAUUUCACCCUAUGUGAAAGAAGUGGUAGGGACGACGGACAGUGUGAUGGGACUUCCUAAGGCUCUGACUGAGAAACUUUUGAAGGAGGCCAUUUAGGUGCUAUGGAUAAUUAAUCACAUUUCACCUCUAUCUUAUUUUCUAAUCAAUGAACGAAUGAUGUUUUGACGUACGUAGAUCAAACACCUGAAUUGAUGAACCAAUCAAAUAAUUAGGCAACCAGUUCAAGAAACUUGCACAAACUGUGCUAGUAUUACAAUGAUACAAGACAAGGGGAUUUCAGAGUUUUAAGACACUGGUAUUUUUAUA